AUGGCGUGGCUAUCCAGGCUACUGCUACUGCUGCUUGCCAGUCCGGCUGCUAUCGCCGCCAUCAACUCUACAAAGACAGCGGUGGCUUCGGUGCCGCCACUUCCAUUAGGCACACCUCAUCCACCUCCAGACUACAUGAAAGAUAAUGUCAACAACUACUUCGGCACCGCUCCAGAUAAGGGUUCCAUGACGGGGCCGAUUCUAGGAUCGCUCAAUGCGAGCACGCUAUCUGAGAUACACGGUAAUAAUACAAAGACCCGUCGAGCCAGCAAUAGUGACGACUACUGGUUGUCCAGCCUCGCCAGUUCAGGAAAAAUGCCCUUUGCCCCCGGUGGAUAUCAAUUCUUUCGUAAUGUCAAAGACUUCGGUGCUGUAGGGGAUGGAGUCAUGGAUGAUACAGCUGCCAUCAAUCGUGCAGCUGCAUCAUUCAGUUCUGCAGAGCUUGACACUUUACGUUGCGGAGCUAAUUGCGGCUCAACAACUACACUUGGUGCAGUUGUCUAUUUUCCUGCUGGUACCUACUUGAUCUCCACCCCUAUAAUACAGUACUAUUACACGCAGUUUAUCGGCAAUCCGACAAAUAAACCGGUCAUUGAAGGAUCUUUCAAUUUUACUGGCAUUGCCUUAUUCGACUCUGACUUUUAUAUACCUGGUGGAAAUGGCGCCGAGUGGUAUAUCAACCAAAACAAUUUCUAUCGGCAAAUUCGCAACUUUCAAUUUAAAAUGACAGGAAUGAACUGGACAAACACAGACAAUGAUCAGUCAUACGUGCCUACUGGAAUCCAUUGGCAGGUUGGACAAGCAACCAGUAUCACCAACUGUGAUUUCGUCAUGUCCGUCUCCACAGCAAGCGAAAGAGCUACUGGGGUGGGAAUAUAUAUGGAAAAUGGUAGCGGUGGAUUAGUUUCGGACUUGACCUUUACUGGAGGUAACAUUGGCUUCCUGGCUGGAAGCCAACAAUUCACGGCGAAAAAUUUGCAAUUUACCUCCUGCCUGACAGCCAUUUACAGUGUUUGGAACUGGGGUUUUACUUGGAAGAAUAUCAAUGUGCUUUCGUGCUACAUUGCGCUGGACUGUACAGCAUACUCUGGCGUUACAAAUCAAGGGACUGGCUCUAUCACAGUACUGGACUCCACGUUCAAUGGUGUGCCGUAUGCAAUUACGGUAGAUACCAAGGGAAAUGAACAACCCAAUAUUGUUCUUGACAACCUGCUCGUCCAGAACUCAGCUUCUGUGGUCCUGAUCAAUGGCGGCUCGACAAUCCUUGAUGGCUCUGAUGACGCGCUAUACUUUAACUCAUGGGCUCAAGGAUAUCAGUACUCGGCCAGCCAGGAAGGUGGCAAAGCCACAGGCUUCUCCAACCCUGCACCGUCAAAACCAGAGUCCUUACUGGACAGUAGUGGUGCUUACUUUACAAGGUCCAAGCCGCAGUAUGAGACCACCAGUGCAGGCAGUAUCAUUGUUGCCACAGAUCAUGGGGUGUCCAAUGACGGAACUGGAGAUCAAUCGAGCUCAAUAAACAGUCUGCUGUCUAGCAACGUUGGGUCUGUUAUAUUUUUUCCUGCUGGUGUGUACAUGGUAUCAAGCACAGUGAAAGUUCCCGUGGGGAGUGUCAUUGUUGGUUCCGGAUGGAGCCAAAUCAUGGGUACCGGCACUUAUUUCCAGGACGACACGAAUCCAAAGGUUAUGGUUCAGGUGGGCAAUCCCGGCGACUCAGGUAGUGUGGAAAUCUCAGAUAUGCUGUUUACCGUCAAAGGACCUACGGCUGGAGCGAUUUUGAUGGAAUGGAAUAUACAUGAAAGCAGCCAAGGAAGCGCGGCUAUGUGGGAUAGCCAUUUUCGCGUGGGUGGUGCGAAUGGGACUGAUCUCCAACUUGCAGACUGUCCGACAGGUGCAAGCUCUGUAAACACAAAAUGUAUGGCGGCGUCCAUGCUGAUGCACAUUACAAGCACAGCCUCGGGGUACUUUGAAAAUGUUUGGGGCUGGGUUGCUGACCACGACCUCGACAACCCGGCCAAUGCUCUUGCUACCGAAAGUGAUGAUGGUAUACCAGAGAAUGUGGACACCGAUAUCUCAGUUUAUUCCGGCCGCGGUUUUCUGAUUGAGUCACAAGGUCCUACAUGGAUGUACGGCACGGCUGCAGAGCAUUCGCAAAUGUAUCAAUAUCAACUUUACAAUGCUUCGAAUAUAUAUCUAGGUCACAUGCAGACCGAGUCACCCUACUAUCAGCCGAAUCCCCCGUCUACCGAACCAUACGCUGCUGGAGUCUUUCCCGAUGAUCCGACCUUCGAAAACUGCUAUGAUGAUCAGUGCCGGCACGCUUGGGCUCUACGCAUUAUCAACUCAACUGAAGUCUUCAUCUACGGUGCCGGCUUUUACUCAUUCUUCGAUAACAACGAGUUAGGUUGUGCUGAAACCAAGACCUGUCAGCUAGGGCUCAUUGAAACAAGCUAUUCACAAGGGUUAUGGAUCUACAAUAUCUUCACGAAAGGUAAUGUUCAAAUUGUAUCACCGGACGGCGGCUUGCCCCCGUUGCUUUUCAAUGAUACAACUCAGGAUGGAUAUACAAGUGAGAUUGCUGCUUGGCUCGCUCUAAGCUUGUCAGGCGGCGACCUUGGAUCUCCAGGAAGCGGUACGGGGGGCAACGGAGGAGGAGGAGGAGGAGGUGGUGGUGGUGGUGGCAUUGUUUAUAUUGACCCUCAUUCAAUCUAUCCAUCGAGUUAUGGAGGCUCAAACCCCACUCCAAGUUCAAUUUAUGUGAGCUGUCCACCACCGUGCACAUACGUUUUCCCGCCGAUCAAAUUACCUACGCCUACGACAAUUGUCUUUCCUGCGUCUACAACGAGUCUUGAAGUUGGUUGUUUCGUCUCAGAUACCUGGACAGAUGGGAAUGGUGUCGUGAGUCCUACGAGCGAUUAUGUCUCAGUAACUGUCACCACCGUCUUGACUAUCCCUCCAGAGACAGUGACAGUGCUACCCUUCUCCAAUGUUCCCAUCGUGUCAGGGGUCAAUUCUACUGUCAUAUACCCCCAGAUCAGUCUGCAACCCCCUCCUUUCACAAUUACGGACAAUGACGGCCCUCUCAGUAGCGCCGGCUAUAGCUGCAUAUCUAGUGCACCGAAUGUUCGGCCUAUAACACCUCAGCCAUGGCCGUGGAUGACAUUCCCAACCCCAAACGUCACGACUACACUUGCUACUAGCACCACAACACCUUUAAUCGUCAUCACUCACGGGUCAGGAAACCCAGAGCCAACGUGCUCGGGUGGAUGUGGCUCAUUUUGCACGUCGUAUUGCAGCUGGCCCUGUAGCUCUGGUUGUAACACAAAUGGCGCCGACUGCAGUGCCACUACUUGUACACAGGGUGGUGAUUGUGCUGGCCUGACAUGCACUGCUGGAGGAAAUUGCGAUGGUCCUCUUUGUACACGAGGGGGUGAUUGUACUGGCCCCCGUUGUGACCAUGGAGGCCAUUGUGACGGCCCACACUGUAAACGCGGAGGUUCAUGCUUUGGUGGAAAAUGCAGUCAUGGUGGUAACUGUUGGGGUAUCCUCUGCCACCAUGGUGGUGGGUGCGGACCAUUGGGAUGUCCUGCUGGGGAUUGUUUUGGUCCCGACUGCGAAACCACUGGCAAUGAUGACGACGAUAAUAGCAAAAAUCCUGAUUCCGGUAUUGAUUCCAACAACCCCAACAACCCCAACGGCCCAAACCCUAGUUCGCAGUCAUGCACUACCACUACCGUUAGUUCUUGCAGAACGCUGUGCGUUGCUGCUUCUACUGCAUCCUGUGCUUCUUCAUCAACUACCUGCAGUGAUGUUAUUGGCUGCAAACCAACAGGAGCUACCUGGGCUAGCACUAUCACGCCUGCCCCUGCUGCAGCACUUGGUACAUCAGACUCGUGGCCAUCAAUUACCAGCGACGUUAGCCAAGAGGUAUCCGUUGCUGUGAGCAUCAUCUCUUGGCUCAGUCGUGUUGGCGACUUUGGUUCAAUGUCAUCCCCUCCUACAACCACGUCUAGCACCGGACCAACAACAUCAUCUACAAGCUCGUCACGGACCUCAAUAAAAUCCACGUCCACGACCUCAUCGCCACCAGCAACUACAACCGUCCCGGUGUGCUUUGGCUUAUGGACAGAGGCCACAAGUGAAGAGGCUACCUACGCCUACAUUGUGUACACAGCUGGCUCGCCAUGCGACGGCGUCUACAUCACAAACGGCACAAUUGGCACGCCCGAAGAUGUCUGCGAUGUGCCCACCAAAAACGACAGCUUCAAAUUUUGCAACAGCGAUGCCACCUUUGAGAAUUCAGGAACUCAAUUCUUUUCCGGCCCGAGCUGCGGGUUUGAGAUUUCGCUUAAUGGUCACACUUAUGAGCCGCAGCAGCUCAGUUCGGACGAUAACAAUAAUCCUUGCACGGGAACUUGUUCUGGCGAGUUGGCAUCAGUGCAAGGCUUAUUCUUGUAUUCGCUGCCCGGUUGUAAUCAAUAA